GGGCGGGCAGUCGCACUGGAGAAGCGUAACUCGUGAGGAGAGGGGAGGAGGAGGCUUCAGCGCCACCCACCAGCUGGUCUGUGUGGAGAACUGUGGCUGGUCUCAUCUGAGAACCACAGCCGGACUCCGCUGAGAACCACAGCUGGUCUGUGGGCUCACCGGCGUUUGACCAACUAGAUCAACAGACUCGUACAUACGCCGAACGCCACCUGAAAAAUACUCAACACAGGCUGUGGCACGGUCUCCGCUCGACUCACGCUCGACUCCAGUUUGACUCAAGAAUCUAUUACGACUCAAGUUUGAAUCCAGUUUGACUUUUUGAGACGUUUCAAGACUGAGGAAAUCUACCAGUAGACUAUCCUACUCCGAAGAUCGUCUCGGUGAAUACGCCCACCGACUCGCAACAACCCGAGUCAUCAUGCACCCGAGUCACUCUUGUUCGGCCGAGCUGCGGCGACUCGGUGACUCCACCGAGUCAGGGAUCUCCGGCAGCUCGUGGCUGAGUCAGUUGUCACUGGCGUCGACUCCGAGUCAGAGUUCGGGCUGUGUGAGUCUGCCGGCCGAUCUCAGGAGAGAGUCCGCUCUCGCCAGAGCCGACUCUGCGCUCUUCCUGUCACCUUUUCUGCCGUACGUCGAAAUUCCGCCUGAGAAGGGUCUCCAGAAGUACAGGUCCAUUCUGCGUCUGGCAGCGAGAAAGGCCCGUAAAAACCUGCUGAAACAGAACACGCACCAGUGUACGAUUCCUGAGGAGUAUCGCGAGCAGCUCAAACAGAUCUACGUCUACUGAGAGCUACCGAGAGCUAUGAGAGCUACUGGGAGCUACUGGGAGCUACUGAGAGCUACUGAGAGCUACUGAGAGGUGCCGGGAGCUGCUGGGAGCUACUGAGAGCUACUGGGAGGUGCUGAGAGCUACUGAGAGGUGCCGGGAGCUGCUGGGAGCUACUGGGAGCUACUGAGAGGUACCGGGAGCUAUUGGGAGCUACUGAGAGCUACUGGGAGCUACUGGGAGCUACUGGGAGCUUCUGGGAGCUGUCGAGAGCUGUUUGAAGCCUCCGUGAGCUACUGAGAGGUGCCGGUGAUUGUCAGUGACUGUCGGCAGUCACCAGUAAAUUCAGCGGCGGUCAGUGGUUGCCAACGGCAGUCAGCAGCUGUUAGCAGCUGCCAGCGACUGUCAAUGGCUGUAAACGACUGCCACCACCUCUCAGUGACUGUUGGAAGCAGCAGGCAGUGACUGCCUGUCAGACGCUGUCAGCAUCUGAUAGUGACGGGUAUCACCUGCCGAGAGCUGUCAGUAGCUGCUGUCAGCGUCUGUCAGCGUCUGCCAGCAGCUGCUUGCGGCUGCCUGCGACUGACAGCAGCUGCAAGUGAUUGCCAGCGUCUGCCGAUAGCAGUCGGCAGCUGCCAACAGCUGCUGUCAGCGUCUGUCAGCUACCACCAGCUGCUGUCAGCGUAUGUCAGCUGUAGUCAGCUGCUGUCGGCGUUUGUCAGCUGCCGUCUGCUGCUGUCAGCUGCUGUCAGCUGCUGUCAGCUGCUGUCAGCGUCUGUCGUGUUCUGUGUGCCAUCUAGUCCGUGCCGACGAAUGAUUUCGUUGCAAUGAUACUCCAACCUGCGUGUACAACUCAAAUGUAAGCCACUGUUACGUAAAUAUAUGUGUAGAAAGGUGCAGAAAAGGCGGCCCUAGCACGGGUACCAAGUGUAACAAUUGAACUGGUUUGUUGCAGAUAAUAAAGGUUGUGUUUCUUA